AUGGCCUCGACGACUCGACCCGUUGUUUUCAUGGAUAUCAACAUCGGUGAGACCCCGGCAGGGAGACUCAAGAUGGAGCUAUUUAACGACAUUGUACCGAAGACGGCUGAAAACUUCAGGCAACUCUGCACCGGAGGUGACUUUUUGAAGGGUGACGGUACUGGGUCGUUCUCGAUUUAUGGAGAUAAGUUCCCAGACGAGAACUUCCAAGAAAAGCAUACUGUACCUGGUCUCCUCUCGAUGGCGAAUUCUGGUCCUAAUACCAACGGAUGUCAGUUUUUCAUUACCACGGCGAAAUGCGAUUUCCUGGAUGGAAAGCAUGUCGUAUUUGGAAGAGUCAUAGAUGGUAUGUUGACGUUGAGAAAGAUCGAAAACGUAGCCACAGGUCCCAACAACAGGCCUAAGCUCCUUGUAAAGAUCACAGAAUGCGGAGAGAUGUAG